UUUGAAAAAUAAUUAAAAAAAAAACGCAGACAAUAACUGCCAUCUGUGAUUCCCUCCAAGAACUUUCGUUUUUUUUUUUUUUUUUUUUUUCUGAAAGGGCUGCCCCAUAACGAAACAUCUUUCAUUUUCCAAUGUUUUUUGGACUUCGUUUUCUUAUGUCUUUAUGAGACCAUAAGCAAAACGUCUUGGUGUUCUGUUUUUCUUUUGUUCCUGGUUUGGUUGGUCUGAAAAUCAUUGAAAACGAUCAACUAAAUUAAAGAAGUUUUGGACGGGAAUCAUUAACAAACCCUUGUUUGUCAAUGAAAUGAAACUUAACCUUCUUGAGUCUUGACUUUGUCAAGGAAACCGAAAGAACCACAGUUCGUUACGGCCUUUUACACGCUGACCAAGAAGACCAAAAAACUGAGUUUGGUAAGGUAGACAGUGAUCAUGGCACAAGCUGAAGUUUAUGACCUUUUUUUUUAUUGAAUGAUUUUGUAGAUGAACCAAUCCUUAAUCUAUACGAAUACUUCCUUUUCGUUAUAGGUCUGGAUUUUGGACAGAGUUAAACAACUUUUUGCAUUUCAAACUAACACAGAACUAGGCUUCAAGUCAUGAAUUUCCGGCGUCAAAAAUUUGUAAGGUUUCAAGAUUGUAGUUCCGAUGAUGGAUCACUUAAAAUCAAACUUAGACCAUCAUUGAAUGCUGUUAUGGAUGGUCUCCGGAGAGUAUUUGAGAAUGGUUCUGAAAGGAUUAGAAGCUUGAAGAAACCCAUAAGCUUCCGUUCUUUGGGUAAUAAAGCAACAAAAGAGGAGGCAUUGGGUUCCAGGAAGAGAAUUCUUAAUCCACAGGGACAAUUUCUUCAGAACUGGAAUAAAAUGUUUCUUCUCUCCUCUGCAAUUGCUCUGGCCGUGGAUCCCUUGUUCUUUUACAUCCCUGUGAUUGAAGGCCAACGGAAAUGCCUUGACUUGGAUGACCGAUUGGAAAUUAUUGCUUGCGUCCUUCGUACAUUCAUUGAUGCCUUUUAUAUAAUCCACAUGAUCUUUCAAUUCCGCACUGCGUAUGUUGCCCCUCCAUCUCGGGUAUUUGGUAGGGGGGUGUUGAUAGAGGAUCCUCGGGCUAUAGCCAAAAGAUACUUGUCCAGAAGCUUCUUCAUUGAUCUUCUGUCAAUUCUUCCACUCCCGCAGGUGGUAAUCUUAAUCAUAAUGCCCAAAAUAAAAGGUCCGGUUUCAUUGGUCACAAAGGAUUUGUUGAAAUCCUUUAUUUUCUGCCAAUAUGUUCCGAGAUCCAUUCGAAUUUUUCCUCUUUACAAACAAGUUACAAGAACUUCAGGCAUACUUACUGAAACAGCGUGGGCUGGAGCUGCUUUGAAUCUCUUCCUCUACAUGCUGGCCAGUCAUGUAGUUGGAGCCUUUUGGUACUUGUUCUCAAUAGAACGAGAAGACGAUUGCUGGCGCAAAGCUAUCGGCAGUGGUAAAGAGAGGGCGUUGUACUGUGAUAGAGACAGUACAACAAUAAAUACCACUUCAGUGAGUUUGCUGAAUAGUUCAUGCCCUUUUACCAAUCCUGAUAACAUAAAGGAUCCGAAGGUCUUCAACUUCGGGAUUUUCAUUGAUGCACUUCAGUCGGGGGUGGUGGAAACCUCGGAGUUUCGAAAAAAGUUCUUUUACUGCUUUUGGUGGGGUUUGCGUAAUCUAAGUUCUCUGGGCCAAAAUCUCAAAACAAGCACUUUUGUGUCGGAGAUACUCUUUGCUAUUGCGAUUUCCAUCGGUGGACUGGUUCUGUUUUCACUGCUUAUUGGGAAUAUGCAGAAAUAUCUGCAGUCGACAGGAGUCAGAAUAGAGGAAAUGAGAGUGAAAAGGCAAGAUGCAGAACAAUGGAUGUCCCAUCGAAUGCUUCCUGAGAACCUGAGGGAACGUAUUAGGAAGUAUGAACAGUACAAAUGGCAAGAAACCAGAGGGGUUGAAGAAGAGAAGCUGAUUUCUAACCUUCCUAAAGAUCUAAGGAGGGAUAUAAAGAGGCAUCUUUGCUUGGAUCUUCUCAAGAGAGUGCCAAUGUUUGAAAAAAUGGAUGAGCAACUAUUAGAUGCAAUGUGUGAUCGUCUCAAGCCGGCACUUUACACUGAUAAGAGCUACAUUGUUCGAGAAGGGGAUCCAGUAGAAGAGAUGCUAUUUAUCAUCCGAGGAAUUCAAAUAAGUACGACCACUAAUGGUGGAAGAACUGGUUUCUUCAACGCUGUUAUCCUCAAGGCUGGUGACUUUUGUGGAGAUGAUCUUCUUACCUGGGCCUUGGAUCCCCAGUCUUCUUCCAACCUACCUAUCUCCACUAGAACCGUGCAGGCCCAAACAGAAGUUGAAGCCUUUGCCCUAAUGGCAGAUGACUUGAAGUUUGUAGCCUCCCAAUUUCGACGUCUUCACAGCAAGCAGUUCCAACACACUUUCAAAUACUACUCGGUGCAAUGGCAGACAUGGGCAGCAUCUUUUAUACAAGCAGCUUGGCGCCGGCAUUGCAAGAGGAAGCUUGUUAAGUCCCUACGUGAAGCAGAGGAUAAGCUGCAAGAGGCUUUGGCAAAAGAGUCUGGAAUCUCGCCAAGCCUUGGUGCUACUCUUUAUGCAUCAAAAUUUGCUGCCAAUGCAUUACGAACCUUGCGGAACAGUAAUUCACAAAGCUCCAUAUUGCCUCAAAGAUUACCACCGCUGCUUCCUCAAAAGCCAGCGGAGCCUGAUUUUACUGCCGAACAUAGCUAAUUAAGAGUUUUGAUCUUAUAUAUUGGAGGAAAUUUGGAAGAAAUCUCUGUUUAUAUAAUGCAUUAAGCUAAACUGAUGUAUAUAUAGUUGUUCUUGAUUCCAAUCUUUUUCCGGACGAAAUUAUAGUUAUUGCAAAUUUUUUGUAAUAUAUGUAUCAAUCAAUAACUAUAUAUAAAAGUACUAAUUUCAAAAGUGCAAAUAGUGAACGACAAAAUUCAAUGAAAGAGAAGAAAUAGAAUCAUAAUAGUUUAAUCCAUGAUUGGAUUCGCUAUGCAUUAACAUCAAGUACAAUCUAAUUGCAUAACUAACUUCAAAAAUUAUUGAUUCAACUACAUACAUUUAUUCACGGUACCAAAAAAAAAAGAAACUUCUUGUUGUCAUUUGCAACUGUUAACACUUCCUAACCUGCGAGAAGAAAACUCAAAAUCAAUAUGACUUUUUAAC